GAACUUGCCUGAUGGACAUCUUCUCUCUCUCCUCCCUUGCUCAGCUGACGUGAUGCUCAUUCAGCCACGGGUUGAGUUCAUUCUCUCCUUCAUCCAUCACAUAGCAGAGGACGAGGACCACUCUGACGGCGUGGUGGCCAACGCUGCCGGACUCAUAGGCGAUCUGUGCACGGCGUUCGGUAAAGACGUGAUGAAGCUGGUGGAGGUUCGUCCACUCAUCAACGACCUGCUGACGGAGGGUCGACGCUCCAAAACCGCCAAGACCAAGACGCUUGCCACCUGGGCCACGAAGGAGCUCCGCAAGCUCAAGAGCCAGGCCUGAUGCCUGGUGGAGAAGACAGGGGGCGCUGUGAGAGAUCGACAUGCGUGAACGACGAGGACAAACUUUAGCUUCUGUUCGUCGGUCGAAGACGAGUGAGUGUGUGAGAGAGAGAGACGUUUGAGAGAGCGAGCGAGAGAUGAUGACGUCACACAACCCAAAAAUCCAGCAGGCCCACCCCCCACCCCACUGUUCUGGACAGCCUGUGGACUGGACUUUGACUCCCCCUCCUCCCCCGUCCUCUCCCUUUAAAACAAACUUACCUUCAAGCCUGCCCCCCCUCCCACAAUCCACCUCUCGCUGUAGCUGGGCUCUCCUUCGACGUCACGAUGACGUCACCGACCUGCCGUCGCCACGCCACCCCCCCAACGUCGGGGGAGGUGGGGGGUGAGGAGGGGAAACGGAUAAAAUCCCGACAAGAAAAUAAAAGACUUGGAGUGGACUCGGAGGAAAACUUUUUUUGUUGCUCUUAUUUCUUUCUUCUUCCGAGCACUAACACAGCGAAGGAGAUUUGACGGACAUAAAUGCCUCCGUCUGCAGCGUUCUCGCUCCCGAAAACAGCAGCACUAAAUCACUUCAAAAUAAAAGUCCAAACCUGACGAGGAAUGGUCAAGGAGCGAGUGCCAAAUGGAAAAUAAAAGGUGCAAAGCGUUUCAGUUUUUAAUUCCAGCUGCACUUGUUUUGGGAAAGGGUCACUCACGUUUCUGCUUGUUUAAAAAUUCAGAGAAUUGAAGACGUUUGUAUGAGGUUAUAUUUUUCCAUUGCUAUGAUAAAAAUAAAGUUGGAAAAAAACAAUAAAAUGAUAUGAAACAUUCCCCACGCAGUUCUGGUGAUUUGGGUCUCUGUCGUCUGUCGGACACCUGAACUGAACCGGACUCUGAACUUUGUUUACGCCACAAAUGACCAUGAUCUUUUUUUUCUUUUUUUCUUUAACUCCUCAGCUGUUUGGUCAUCAUGGCUCGGACGUCAGUCCUCACUGACAGUUUUCUUGUUGGGGUGGGGGGGGGGAAAGUAGUUGAGCACAUUCUGCACCACCUGUCCGCCUCGUCUGGAUCGCUUCACUUAUUCAACCACGGGAAAUAAAGUUUAAAUUGAACUUGAACCUUUGAGUUGACAGUAAAGUGUUUCCAGCCUCGCAGUGCUCUUAUUUUGAAGCGGUGUGGCGGACGUAGGGAAAACUUCCUGUGUUGACGUGAACCUGCAAACUUGGUGAUCAUUGAAUUGUGAAUCAUUUAAAGCUGAUCUGCUUUUUAUUUCAUAAUCAACUCUAGUGAACUAAUAAAGUCUAUAUUGUACUGAA